CAGCUCGCCGGAACGCCGCCGGCGCCUCCGUCACUCUGAACCCUCUCCUGCGUGUCUCCAUCUCCAUGACGGCACCUUCAGCUUCGAUAACACGCAGCAGAGCGGAGCUAGUGGCAUCCGUGUCAGCAAGGGCCCCUCAUCUUGUGUUAGGUGAUAAUCACUGUCAUUCUCAUCAGCACUAAACCACUGGCUUCGCAUGCUUGUCCUCGUCCUCUUUCAUAGGAUCACGCUCAUGUUCUUCCUUGGCAAAGUGGAAACACUUUGAUCCCCCUUUUCAGAUAUGCUUUCGUUUCAUAGGACAAUAAUUUUGAGCUUAAAUUCCACAGCUUGCAAGCUGACCCUCACUGGAACAGUUUCAGUGAUCGAGAGUGUUGCACUUCGUCCUCCCCUUGGUCGUUGGUCCUCACCGGCGACAAGCCAACAAACCAAGCCAUGGGCUCCACCGAGCAGCACCACGGCGCCGCCGAUGUCGUCAUCGCUGCGCCGCUGCUCCCCUCGCCAUCACCGGAGCCGCCGCGCCGGAACAUGUUCGCCUUCGUCUGCGCCACGCUUGCCUCCAUGACGACCAUCCUCAUGGGCUACAACCUCGCGCUGAUGAGCGGCGCGGAGCUGUUCAUGCGGGAGGACCUUGGGCUCACCGACGAGCAGGUCGAGGUGCUGUCGGGGUCCAUGAACGUGUUCAUGCUGGGCUCCAUCCUCGCCGCUGGCUGGGCCGCGGACGCCGUCGGCCGCCGCGGCACCAUCGUGCUCGCCAACGCCUUCCUCAUGGCCGGCGCGCUCGCCAUGUCGCUGGGCGGCAGCUACACCGCGCUCCUUGCCGCGCGGUUCGUCACAAGCGUCGGCGUCGGGUUCGCCGUCGUCGUGGCCCCGGUCUACGCCGCCGAGAUCGCGCCGGCGUCCACGCGCGGCAUGCUUUCCUCUCUGCCGGAGAUCUUCGUCAACGCCGGGAUCCUUCUUAGCUACGUCUCCAACUAUGCCUUGGCCGGCCUGCCGCUGCGUCUCGGCUGGCGCGCCAUGUUCGCCGCCGGCGUCGCGCCGCCCGUGCUGCUCGCGGCCGGCGUGCUCGCCAUGCCGGAAUCGCCUCGCUGGCUCGCCAUGCGCGGGCGCGACGCCGAGGCGCGGGCGGUGCUAUCUCGCACGUCCGACACGCCGGCCGAGGCCGACGACCGGCUCAGGGAGAUCAAGGACGCCAUCGCGGCGGCGCAGGGCAACGACGACGCCGGCGUUCGGAGGGACCUGCCGCUCUUCGGGCCAUCAUCGCCGACGACGAUCCGGCGGAUCUUCACCGACGUUCUUGCCCUCCAAUUCUUCCACCAGGCCUCUGGCAUCGACAUCAUCGUGUUGUACACCCCGCUGGUGCUCAAGAAAGCAGGCAUCUCGUCGAACAGAUCCGUCCUCGCCGCCACCGUCGCCGUCGGCGUCGUCAAGACGGGCCUCAUCCUCGUGGCCACGCUCUUCUCCGACCGUGUCGGCCGGCGGCCGCUCCUCCUCGCCAGCACGGCCGGCAUCGCCGUGUCGCUGACCUCGCUGGCGAUCACGCUGUGCGCCGCCAGCGUGACGACAGCCGCGAGCGUGGCGGCGGCGUGCGUCGCGUCCCUGCUGGCCUACGUCGCGGCGUUCUCGGUCGGCCUCGGCCCGCUGGCGCAGGCGUACAGCGCGGAGAUCCUGCCGCUCCGGCUGCGCGCGCGGGGCACGAGCCUCGGCACGGCGGUGAACAGGCUGACGUGUGGGGUCCUGAGCAUGACGUUCAUCUCCCUCGCCAACACCAUCUCCAUGGCCGGGUGCUUCUUCCUGUACGCCGGCGCGGCUGUGGCCGCGUGGGUGUUCGUGUAUGUGCGGCUCCCGGAGACGAGAGGACGGAGCUUGGAGGACAUGGACCAGCUGUUCUCCAAGUGAUCAUCAUCGACCAAUGGGAUGGUGCGAGUCAGCUGCUAAUGGUGGAUCGAUCUUACCGAUUCGUAUUAUCACCACACUUCGUAUGAAGCUUUGCUACUCAAACAGAAAAUUCGUAUGAAGCUUUCCUACCGAUUCGUGCAUGAUCUCCAUUUCUCCUGAGUCCUGAAUCCUGAUGAAGAUAACCAUCCAGUCGUCCAAGGACGUCAAGCCGAGACUUCAUCGCACAGCUCAAGUCCGCGGCGUCGGCGGGCGCGGCGACGGCGCCCCGGCCGCCGUCGGACGGCACGAUGCAGUGCGUGGCGGCGCACCUCUGGCGGGGCGUCACGAGGGCGCGCGGGCUCGGCGGCGGCGAGCUCACGACGCUGCGUGUCGCCACGCUGCGCCCCUGCCGUGGACGAAGUGCUCUGGGCACGGCCGGCCGCCGCCGCGAGGGAGCUCGUGUCCGCGCCGCUGCAGCACGCGGCGACGCUGGUGUGUCCCGGGCGGUGUCCUGCGUCGGCGAUCGCUACUUCCAGCCGGAACCGGCAACCUUCUCGCUCGUCGAGUUCGACACCACCAAGACUUCAGGUGCGGGGAUCACAGCGAUGCCACCAUCCGCCCAUCUCCACCCGCCGUCGCUGCGCGCCGCAACAGCCUCCUCUGCUUGAGUCCACCGUGGAAUCAGUCCAGGGACCUACCUACGAGAAGUUAGAUAGGGAAAGUGAAAAGUACGCAUCGGUAAUAUUUCAAUUAACCUCCUAAAUUGGAUCGCGAUUAAUAGUUGCGAUCCAAAUCAGGAGGCACGUGUAAAAUACGCGUCCAGAACAUUUCAAAUAAACCCCUGAACUGGAAAAUGCGUUGGCCGGCCGGGAUCGGCGAUGGCUCCGGCCGCCGGCGUUGCAGCCAGGGACCUCUUCA